CUUCAACGGCCGACGGCGACUUCCUCUUGUGUCACGGGGCAGAGCAACGAGUGACAGUUAGUGGGUUUUGCGUCUUUUUCGGCGAGAUGAAGUAUACUUGGCUGAUUCUGGCAUCGAGUUUAGUGCUGGUGCUGGCCGAGUUGGUACCGAACUCUAAAGCCGUACCUUAUAUUGAAGAUGAUGAAAGCUACCAACCCGCAGAAGAUGAUUAUACGGACAAUGCUAUUGACCGCUUACUCCAAUCUGCUCAGAAACGUUCCUCCUUAAUUUACCUUUUCAGACGAGCUUGCGUUAGAAGAGGAGGAAACUGCGACCAUCGACCCAACGACUGUUGCUACAACAGUUCUUGCCGAUGCAACUUAUGGGGAUCGAAUUGCAGAUGUCAACGCAUGGGUCUCUUCCAAAAGUGGGGUUAGACCUAAAUAAAAAGCCACCAGAAAUAAAUAUGUGAAAUUAAAACAGGAUCAUGUUAUCUAUAUUCCUUAAACUUUGGUUUUAAAUUCAGUUAGAUUUAAUUUUUAUAAUCCUGUUCUUGUUUCACAAAGGAUCUCUUAGUUAAGGAUCAGAAGUUUCAAAUAACUUCUCUAACUUCUAUUGUUUUUAAAAGGACUGAUUUUUGUAUAAAAGGGAAAACGUUUGAAACUUUUGGUCCAGACCACUGCGCGAAAUUGGUUAAUGAAUCUAUUUUAUUGAAAUUUCAGUCCCAUACUAGCUGAAAGGACCUGAGUUGUAACUCUUAAAAAAAAAAGGGUAUAUUAACAUUGCUUUCUCUAUAUUUUUAUAUUUACUUAGUGAUUUAUUUCAAGUUGUCAAUAUUAACAUCGAUUCGAUAAAAGAAGUGGUUGAAUUUUUCAAGGUAUAAAAGAAGUUUUUAGAAACCUAGUUUGUGAAGAUAAUUUGAUUACCUUUUUUAAAAAUAAAAAAAAUAGUAAAUUUGUCCUUAUUUUUUAUUACAUUAUUAAGUAAAUUUUUAAGAACCAAAAAAGAAUAUUCUAGGUUAAAUGACAGCUUCUUUUAUACCAAACAGUUAGCUGCAUACCCACUAAAGAUUUAUCCAGCCACAUCCUCAGUGGGUUUGCAUGUCUAAUUCAAUUUCUUUAGUAUUAGUCGUGUAAUUAUGUAUUUAUGUAUAGAUGUGAUAAUAUGGAAAUGAAACUUAUAUCAUUGAAUAGUAUAAAAAAACAUCUGAUAUUUAUAUAUGUGUGAAAAGGGUACAACAUUCACAAAUUCUGUCAAUAUUAAUUAAAUAUAUUAAUUGGCC